AUGUCUAAAGUGGACACGAGUGAGCCGUUCUAUGUGCGCUACUAUUCUGGGCAUUCUGGCCGCUUUGGUCAUGAAUUCUUAGAGUUCGAUUUUCGGGUUAUUGGCGAUGGAAGAAGCGCAGUAGCGAGAUACGCCAAUAACUCCAACUACCGCAACGAUUCCCUUAUUCGCAAAGAGAUGUCGGUCAGCGCGCUGCUCAUUUCCGAAAUCAAACGCAUCAUCAAAGACAGCGAGAUCAUGAAAGAAGACGAUUCGCGGUGGCCGCAAAAGAACAAAGAUGGAAGACAGGAGCUGGAAAUCCGACUCGGCAGUGACCACAUCCAGUUUGAGACAGCAAAGAUUGGAUCACUGGGAGAUGUUACGGACUCCGCAGAUCCAGAAGGAUUAAGAGUGUUCUAUUACCUGGUGCAGGACCUAAAGGCUCUAGUGUUUUCGUUGAUAUCUCUGCACUUCAAGAUCAAGCCAAUCUAA